AUCGACGCUGGGAAGAUGCUUCUGGAUGCUGGACCGCAGUAUCCCGCCAUAGGAGUCACUACGUUCGGAUCGUCUCGCCACCACUCCGCGGCCGAUGUCACGGACAGAGAAGUGGGGCUGGGGAUCAACCCCUUCGCCGACGGCAUGGGCGCCUUCAAACUCAACCCCGGCGGCCACGAGCUGGCCUCGGCCGGGCAGACCGCCUUCACCUCGCAGGCUCCGGGCUACGCGGCGGCGCUGGGGCACCACCACCACCCGCCCCACGUCGGCUCCUACUCCAGCGCCGCGUUCAACUCCACCCGGGACUUUCUGUUCCGCAACCGCGGCUUCGGGGAGGCCGCGGCCGCCAGCGCCCAGCACAGCCUCUUCGCCUCCGCCGCCGGCGGCUUCGGCGGCCCGCACGGACACGGCGAUGCCGCGGGACAUAUACUUUUCCCCGGGCUGCACGAGCAAGCCGCCGGCCACGCUUCGCCCAACGUGGUGAACGGGCAGAUGCGCCUGGGCUUCUCCGGAGACAUGUACGGCCGAGCCGAGCAGUACGGCCAGGUCACCAGCCCCCGCUCCGAGCACUACGCCUCGAGCCAGCUGCACGGCUACGGCCACAUGAACAUGAACAUGGCAGCGCACCACGGGGCGGGGGCCUUCUUCCGCUACAUGCGGCAGCCCAUCAAGCAGGAACUCAUCUGUAAGUGGAUUGAGCCCGAGCAGUUGGCGAACCCCAAAAAGUCCUGCAACAAAACUUUCAGCACGAUGCACGAGCUGGUGACUCAUGUCACCGUGGAGCACGUUGGAGGACCCGAGCAGUCCAAUCACAUAUGUUUCUGGGAAGAGUGCCCGCGAGAAGGGAAACCUUUCAAGGCCAAAUACAAACUCGUAAAUCACAUCCGAGUCCACACAGGUGAAAAACCUUUCCCCUGCCCUUUCCCAGGCUGUGGCAAAGUGUUUGCCAGAUCAGAGAAUCUCAAAAUACACAAAAGAACUCACACAGGUACGGUAACCUUCUCUGUAGCCUUUCUGUCCGCGCGUGGACGCGCGGGGCCGGGUCGGGCCGGGCCGCUCCGGGGCCGUUUGCUGCUCCCGGGGCCGCGGAGCCGCACGGCGGUGCGGGCUCGAGCUCGGGCACGGCGGCGGCCGCGACAAAAAGCGAGCGGUGCCCGGGAGGCGGAGGGGGAGAGAGGCGCGGUUUGCUGUCGGAGUGCUGAGGGCAGGAGGGGAAAAAAAAUCGCAGCGACCCGUCCUGGUGAAAAACCAUUUAAGUGUGAAUUCGAGGGCUGUGACAGGCGCUUUGCAAACAGCAGCGACCGCAAAAAGCACAUGCAUGUGCACACUUCCGACAAGCCCUAUCUCUGCAAAAUGUGUGACAAGUCCUACACGCACCCCAGCUCCCUCAGAAAGCACAUGAAGGUCCAUGAAUCGUCCUCGCAGGGGUCCCAGCCUUCUCCCGCCGCCAGCUCAGGCUACGAGUCCUCCACCCCUCCAACCAUCGUGUCUCCAUCCACAGAAAACCAGACCGCCAGCUCCUUAUCCCCUUCCUCCUCCGCAGUCCACCACACGUCCAGCCACAGCACGCUUACAUCAAAUUUUAACGAAUGGUACGUUUAAAGCGCUAAAACAAAACAGCGAAAAAACACAAACCGAAACAAAACAAAAAAGCCCCAAGCGAGCGAAUCCAGACCCUAUUUAAAAGACUCCAAAAAUAAUGAACACUCUGAAAUCAGAAUUUAAAAAAAAAAGCAAACAAAAACAAAAUACUGCCAGUAGACCCAGGACUGAGUAAAAUGAAGACUCAUUUUUUUGUUUGUUUUUUUUCCUUUUUUUUUCUCUUUUAUUUCUAUCAUUUUUUUUUCCUUUUUAUCCUUCCUUUUUUUUAAUUAAUUAUUAUUACUUUUUUUUUUUCCUUUUUACUUUUUGGACUGUUCAGCUCUGCUCUGUUCCAAGGCUUGGUAGGCGAAGGGGUUAGUAGGAUGCAUAAGAAGACAAGGUUACCAGGGCAAAUGCCAACCGUGUAGGGCUGUACUGGAAACCACUGAUUAGAGCUCUCCAACUGCAUGUCUGCUCGGGCAGCGGCCUUCCCCCCACUCCCUCUUGUAAAUACAGAAUUAUUAGCUUCAAAAAGAAAAAAAAAACAAAAAACAAAAAGAGAGAAAAAAAAACACACACAAAAAACACGAACGUACUGUUUGAUUUUGUACAUAGUUAUAUCGCAGUCGAAGCCGGGGAGCCGUGGAGUUGUGGUUGCAUCUAUGUGGGGGGAGGGGCGGGCGGGGGGGAGCGGAGCGGGGGGUGGAGGUGGGGGGGCCGAGGGGAGAGGUAGAAAUCCAACUAUUUGUACUGAAUGGCAAGAAUGUUCUAGUAAAUGUGUACCAAAAUGUGAAUUACUUUGUAUUAUUACAGUCUAAACGUCGAUCUAACAGAAUAUUAUUGGUAUUAAUGUGCUUUUUUGUAUAAAGUGCAACAUUUCGUCCCAAAGUCCAGUCUAAGUAGUGCAGUAAAAUGUUGUUACACGUCCUGUCAAGAAAUUCGUAUAGUGAAAGCCUGGAUCUGCGUGUCAAACUGUUACAUUUGUUUAUGUAAAGUGAUAUUAAAAAAGAAAAAAAAAAAGAUAUAAACUAUAUCUGUCCGUUGCUUUUGGCAAAUACAAGAACAUAAUGUAUAUAAAUCCUAAUUUCCAUAUUUAUCCGCAUGUAAAGGUCCGGUUAUACAUGUUACAAGAUAUUCAAUAUUUAUGGCUAGAAGAAUUGGUAUGUAAAAUUUAGUUUACAGAACUGUUUGGUAACAUUUCGUACCUUAUUAAAGAUUCUUAAAUCCCACGAAUGGUGGUAGGAAUCCUUAUUCGCUCAGUCAACCUGCUGCAACUCCGACUAGCUUUAGGAUAUUAGGAUAAAACUGUCCCAGUUUUUCACUGCUUUCCAUUAUGUCAUCACUAAAGCAGCGAAGGUGAUAUAAAUGUGAUAAAUGAAAGGAUCCCUGCUGGCAUUACUAUAGUGUGUAAUUAGUAUUUAUAUCAAAAUUUAUGAAACAAAUUUUCGGCCGCAGUAUAAUUUAAAUGACCUUUGCAGACGUAGAAUAACAACCAUAAAAAUAACAGAAAUAGAUUGCAUAUGCUACAUAAAUAUUAAUGUGGGGAAUUGUUACACGAGAAGUGCUUCACUCCACUCCAGCACUGCCCAUGAAUCUGCAUGGACCGGGUCCCUAAAUUAAAUUAAUUCGGAUAACAUAUAUUAGGAGAUUUAAAACAGAGGAGAUUUCGGUUGCUAUUUUAAUUUAGAGCAUUUAUGACCAUAACUAAUUCUCAGGCAGUGGAUUCAUGACUUUCCUUGGGCCUUUCACUCCGAGAGAUGCAGCACUGUGUCACGAAGGCCGUUGUUGUUGUUGUUGUUGUUGGGUGUAUUUUUGGGUUUUGAUUCUUUUUCUUUUUCUUUUUUUCUCUCUUUUUUUUCCCCUUUUUCUUUCUUUUUUUUUCUUUCUUUUUUUUUCUGCUGAUAUUCCUUAAGACGUGAUGUUAAUUUAAAUCAAUUACUUCUUAUGCUAUGUUAUUAUUAUUACUAUAAAUUUGCCAGUGUUAAUAGCUUUCUAAAAAAUAAAUCUAGGGGGUAAGAAUUAUUUUAUGUAA